ACUCUGCUUAAUUUCUGAAAUAAAUUUUAAAUAAAUAAAAGAAACAGAACCCUAAACCCUCCUUCGUCUUCUCCUCACUCUCAACCGCUCCACCACCUUCUACGCCGGCCUUCCUAUCGCCGCCGACACUCUCCGGUUCAGUGCUGUCGCAGCUUUCUGUCUACGUUUGUUCAUUCGAAGUUUUUCCGAUAUCCAUGGCUGUCAUUGCAAGUGCUGAAGAUCAAUCUCACAAGGCCCAUAGGUCUCGUAAAUCGGGUCCCAACGCAAAGAAGAAAUCAGUGAAUGAUAAAGGGAAGAAGGAGGAAGUUUCUGAGAAUGAUAGAAAGCGGAAUCCCAAGGCCUUUGCUUUUAAUUCGUCAGUUAAAGCCAAGCGUCUGCAAGCUCGUUCUGUUGAGAAAGAGCAACGUAGGCUUCAUGUUCCUGUAAUUGAUCGUUGUUAUGGUGAACCGGCUCCAUACGUUAUUGUUGUACAAGGACCUCCCCAGGUUGGGAAGUCUCUAUUAAUAAAGUCUCUUGUUAAGCAUUACACCAAACAUAAUUUACCUGAUGUUCGUGGGCCGAUUACAAUUGUGUCAGGUAAACAAAGGCGUUUACAGUUUGUUGAGUGCCCAAAUGAAAUCAAUGGGAUGAUUGACGCAGCAAAGUUUGCUGAUUUGACUUUGCUUCUAAUUGAUGGUGCUUACGGGUUUGAGAUGGAGACUUUUGAGUUUCUCAACAUUUUGCAUAAUCAUGGACUUCCAAAAGUUAUGGGAGUUCUCACGCACCUUGACAAAUUUAAGGAUGCAAAAAAAUUAAGGAAAACAAAGCAGCGUCUUAAACAUCGUUUUUGGACAGAGAUACGUACUGGAGCAAAAUUAUUUUAUUUAUCUGGGCUUAUACAUGGGAAAUACCCUAAACGUGAGGUACACAAUCUUGCUCGGUUUAUCUCUGUGAUGAAGUUCCAGCCUCUGUCUUGGCGUACCAACCAUCCAUAUGUUUUAGUAGACAGAUUUGAAGAUGUCACUCCACCUGAAAGAGUGCAUAGAAACAAUAAAUGUGAUAGAAAUAUCACACUUUAUGGUUAUCUUCGAGGUUGUAAUUUGAAGUAUGGAACUAAGGUUCACAUUGCUGGUGUGGGUGAUUUUGAAUUGGCUAGUGUAACCAAUUUGGCUGAUCCUUGUCCUUUGCCAUCUGCUGCCAAAAAGAAAGGUCUACGUGAUAAGGAGAAAUUGUUUUAUGCUCCUAUGUCUGGGCUUGGGGAUCUCUUGUAUGACAAGGAUGCUGUUUAUAUAAAUAUCAAUGACCAUUUUGUUCAGUAUUCCAAAGUUGAUGAUGACAAAGACGUACUUACAGGAAAAGGUAAGGAUCAAGAUGUGGGUGAGGCUUUGGUGAAGUCUCUCCAGAGCACAAAAUAUUCAGUUGAUGAAAAGUUAGAGAAGAGCUUCAUUUCUCUUUUUGGGAGACAACCUGACAACUCAUCUGGAGCUAGGAAUGAUGCAAACAAUACACUUCAGAAUUCAAAUGGGAUUCAUGAAAUUGAGUUGUCCGAGCAAUACCAGCCUGGGUCUCUGAAUGUUGAUAGGCCUGGUGUGGCACAUGAUGCCGAUGAUUCAGAGUCUUCAGAUGAAGAUGACCUUAACAAGAGAAAGGCUAAAUUUGAAAAUGUGGGCACUGAUGAUGAAGAAUAUAAUGAUUUAUUAGAUGAGAAUUCCCCGGUUGAAAACCAUAUGAAGGAACAUGUUGAAUUUCAUGAAGGGAGGUUUAGGAGGAAAGCUGUUUUCGGAAAUGAUGUCGACUCUGAUGAUCUCAUGGAUUCAGAUGAAGAAGGUGAUGAUGGCGAUGACAGUGAUGUUAAUGAUCAAAAAAUGUCGGAUGAUGAUGAAGGUGAUGAGCAAGACGAUGCUGGCAUGGGUAACACAUCAAAGUGGAAAGAGCCUUUGAGUGAAAGGACCAGGUCUAGGCAACAUUUGAAUCUCAUGAAACUUGUGUACGGAAAAUCCACGGAUAUAUCUACUACCUCAAGCAAUGAAGCACAUGAUACUUCUGAUGAAGAAAAUGAUGGGGGUGAUUUUUUUACGCCUGUAGGCAGAAUAAAUAAGAACGACAGUGAGGUAGUGGAUGGUGAAAAUGCCAAUUCUGAGGAUUGUUCCAAACAUUUCAAAAUUUCCAAUGAUCUUGAUAUCGAAAGCAUACGUGACCGAUUCGUCACGGGUGAUUGGUCGAAAGCUGCUCUCAGAAAUAAAUCUUCUGAAGUCAUUGAAGAUGAUGAUAGUGUUUUUGCUGAUUUUGAAGAUUUAGAAACUGGUGAGAAGUAUGAGAGUUAUCAUGCUGAGAAUACUACUGAUGCAACGGUUCAAACAACAGAGGACUCAACAAUUGAGGAGCGCAGGCUUAAAAAGCUUGCUCGUCGUGCACAGUUUGAUGCUACAUAUGAUGGAUCUAAGGUAGCAGAGGAUGGAAGUGAUAAAGAAGAUGAGGCCAAUGGAAGUGACUAUCACGACAAGAUGAAGGAGGAAAUAGAAAUUAGGAAACAGAGGAAUAAGGCUGAACUUGAUAAUAUUGAUGAAGCCUUCCGAUUGAGGAUUGAGGGAUUCCAAUCUGGGACAUACGUAAGAUUGGAAGUUCAUGGUGUUUCUUGCGAGAUGGUCGAACAUUUUGAUCCUUGCCAGCCUAUUUUGGUUGGAGGAAUUGGUCCUGGGGAGGACGAUGUUGGAUACAUGCAGGUCAGACUAAAACGACAUAGGUGGUAUAAGAAGGUACUGAAAACUAGAGAUCCAUUAAUUUUUUCUAUUGGAUGGAGACGGUACCAGAGUACCCCUGUUUAUGCAAUUGAGGAUUCAAACGGGAGGCACCGCAUGCUUAAAUAUACACCUGAGCAUAUGCACUGUCUAGCAAUGUUCUGGGGUCCUCUGGCCCCUCCUAACACGGGAGUUAUUGCUGUUCAAACUUUAUCUAGCAACAUUCAGACAUCAUUCAGGAUAGCGGCAACAGCUACUGUGCUCCAGUCGAAUCAUGAAGAACGGGUGGUCAAGAAAAUCAAACUAGUUGGGUAUCCAUGCAAAAUUUUUAAGAAGACAGCACUUAUAAAAGACAUGUUUACUUCAGACCUUGAAAUAGCUCGUUUUGAAGGUGCCUCUGUUCGAACUGUCAGUGGUAUCCGGGGUCAGGUCAAGAAGGCUGCAAAAGAGGAGAUUGGUAACCAGCCGAAAAAGAAAGGAGGACCACCCAAGGAAGGAAUUGCUAGAUGUACCUUUGAGGACAAGAUUCGGAUGAGUGACAUAGUUUUCCUGCGUGCAUGGACUAAAGUUGAAGUUCCUAAAUUCUACAACCCGCUGACAACAGCAUUGCAACCCCGUGAUCGAGUAUGGCAAGGGAUGAAAACUGUGGCCGAACUUAGGAAAGAACAUAAUCUUCCCAUUCCUGUGAACAAGGAUUCACUCUACAAGCCAAUUGAGAGGCAGAAACGGAAGUUCAAUCCACUGGUAAUUCCCAAAUCAUUGCAAGCAGCCUUGCCAUUUAAAUCAAAACCAAAGAACACACCUAGUCAGCUGAGGCCACUUCUCGAAAAGCGAAGAGCUGUCAUCAUGGAGCCUCGCGAUCGGAAAGUUCAUGCUCUUGUUCAGCAGCUUCAACUUAUGAGACAUGAGAAAAUGAAGAAACGAAAGCUCAAAGAAGAGAAGAAGAGGAAAGAGCUGGAAGCCGAGCAUGCCAAAACCGAGCAGUUGUCUAAAAAGCGGCAAAGAGAAGAACGACGGGAGAGAUAUAGAGAACAAGAUAAACUGAAGAAGAAAAUUCGAAGAAGUGAAUGAGACUUGUCGAUAUUAAUUGCUUGGUGCGUGGCCUUGUUACAUAAUUGAGAUUCACCCAAUAGGUUCGUCAAAUAUAUUUAUUUAGAGAUUUUUCUACAUGUAUCUUAGAAGUAGUUAAGUGAUUUUUCUGCAAGCACCCUUUUGAGUGCUUUAGAAUUUUCAAAUCACUUAUGCAUAUCACAUGACCAAGCACCAAGAAAAUUUUGUAUAAUGCUUUUAAUGAUAUAAUUUUCUUUUAUUAUUAUCCUUUAAGUUAUGUCAAACUUUGUAAUCAUGUUGAAAUGACGAAAUCCAUUAUGAAUGUUUGUAAGUUGCAAAA